AUGAUGGAUAGAAUUACAAGUACCAAGGUUUUUAUGCUGGUGCUGUUUUGUGCCCACAUUCUAGCGACGCACACUGCACAAGGUCACCGAUCAAUACGGUUGCCAUUCACUCAUUUCCGAGGAGGUGGAGACGAGGAGGAAGAGGAGUCGAGGAUAAUAACAAACCAAGAAGAAGACAAGGAAGAAGAAGAGUGGGUCCAUAUUGCCAAAACUCCUCCAACAACCACCACGCUGACAGUGGCAAUUUUACGAGGAAAGGAUGCCACCAAAACAGAAGACACCACGUCGAGUAGCAACGAGAAUGACAAGAAAAUGUCAUGGUUGGAUGAUAUAUCCAGUCCAAGCUGUCUCCUGGUUGCUGCAAACACAGAACCAUCAAGUGCAUCAUCUGGUAUUCCGAUUGGAUCCAUAAUAACCAUCCCCAAGACUUUGACUGACGAAAGCAGCAAUCAUGAUGAUUACGUUACGCUAGCAGUAGUCGAAACAUUGGCGCUUUUGUGUGAUGUGGUGGUAGUGGUGCUGCCAAAACAAAUUGAUGGCAGUGACCCAAUAUGGGCUGGUAUUGUCCAAGGGGCGAAUCGACGCAAGACGACAUCCUUGCAAAAGGGCCGUUUGCUGUUGAUAUCCUCUGGGAAAAUGGAGUUUUCUCAAGACGAACAACAAAAGUCAAUGUUUGCAUCGGUGGAUACGAUACGAACGGAUGACGCCUCGGCAGCGUUGGAAGACUAUCUUUCCAAAAUGGUGGAUGUCACUGACGGUAUGAAUACUCUAUCCAGUCUAUUUAGCUCCGAUGAUGAGGGCGAUGGCGGCGAGGAGAGUAGUGCAAGUUCAGCGUUUCUUGGAGUUCUGAAUGAAGUGUACAUGUCUUUGGGUGGUGCCAGAUCCAAAGAACAGAAAUUUCAGUUCCAAGCAAUACCAUCAGCAGCAAUUUCAACGACAGUGGCAACAACAAAGACAAAAGAAGAAUCGUCACUGACGGAAGCAAGUGUAACCGACGCAACUUCUUCCCAGCAAGACAGCAGCCUUGUCUCCAUUCUGGCCACUGCACAAUCCAAGCUGACAAGCUUGGAACAAAAGGUUGAAGAAGCCAUGCUUACUGUAGCAGAAAAAGACGACGACAGCGCCGACAGCAACAACCAAAACUCCAAUAGUGGUAUCAUGCCACUUCUCUUUAUCGAUUUUGGCAAUCUUGCCAAUGAACUACUGGAAGAAGCCUAUUCGGCAUUAAAUGACCACUUGUCGUCACAAGAAAAUGACAAUGCAGCAGCAGCUAUUGGUGAAAACGUCAUUAUUGCCAAUAUUGUUGGAGAGCUGGUACGUCUCUUCAGAGAACAAGUACGGCUGAUGCGAGAUUACUAUGGCAAACGAUACGAGAACGUUCUAGAACAGCUGGCUCUAGAACAAGAACAACAAGUGCAAAAAGAAAAAGAAGACAAAACACGAGUCGCAGCAAUCAAACAACUAAUCGGGCAAAAGGCUUCCGUGGUGGCAGAGGAAAUUAUCAAAAGUUUCAGUGAUGCAUGUCAACAUGCCAUUCCAAAGUUGUGCAAGAAAAAUGAGAAUGGGAAACUCGCUGCGGAAUAUGGGGCCGACUUUGAUUACAUCGCGUAUUUAAAUGGGCUCGUCAACGACAUGCUGGAGGCAACCACAAUAAUUGAAGAUGAUGAUGAAGUUGACAUUGACUCGAUGGAAGAUAUUGCAUUAUAUCUUUCACGUUGGGGAAAGUUCAAAGCCUCCAUUCCAAAGUGGGCCAAGAAACUGGCUGCCAGAGGAAUCAUGCUGGGUGUCAACUACGCACAGGGGUGGCUCGCAUGGCAAGGACUAAAGCGAGCGGCAGCGGAACGGGACCGUAAAAUGCCAAAGUUUCCCUUGUUUUAG